AUGGAUUGUACAACCAACAACAAACUCAACAAAGAUAUCAACAACAACAACAAUCUGCUUAUCAACAACAACCUCAACAACAACAACAACAAAAUCAAUAUUCUAAACAACAGCAACAACAACAACAAGCUCCAAUUCAGCAACAAACUGCUCAGCAACAAUAUGAUUACUACAAUCAAUUCCAACAACAAUAUCCACAACAAACUGCUCAACCAGGUGCUCAAUUUGGUGGAUACCCAGGAUUUGAUUACAGUGGAUAUAAUCAACAAGCUUUUGCUGCUGCAUCUCCAGCUGCUAACCACAUUGCUACAUUGGGUGGAUCUGCUGGUGUUGGUGGUGGAUAUGGACAAUAUGCUCAACAAGCUGGAUCUACUGAUUCAUCUCAUAGUCCAAUUACUAAUCAAUCUACUUUACAACAACAACAAGCUGCUGCUGCUGCAUUGA